CGGGAACCUCUGCCAUUUAUUUAUUAUUUUUUUUCUUCCCACCGGGUGCGCUGUCCCUUUAAAUGGGAAUGCUGGUGCUGGCUCCGUAACACGGGAGCCGGCAGCUUGUUGAUUUCGGCGCUGGUGAAUUUCACAUUGUUUCCACUUCACUUUCCUUGCCCUGGGGGAGGCUCGGCUCGGCUCGGCUCUUUGGACGCAGCCGCCGCCGCCGCCGCCACCAGCACGGCUCGGGGAGGGUAGGGGCCCCGCAGCGGCGCAGCGGGCGGGGACCGGAGACCGGGUGCCGGGGCCACACGCGCACCUCGCCGCAGUCGGGGCUCCUCCCGCGAAGGAGCGCGGCCGCCCGGAGCGCAGCGCGACGCGGGGCCCGCCCAGAAGCCAACCCUCCCGCCCACGGGCCGGGCUGCCCAGCCGCGCCGGGAGGCCGGGGCGGGGUGGGGGGCGGGGGUGGGUGCCGCGGCCGCCGCCGAGCCGCCGCUCGGCGCGUUUUGCAUGAAGAUGGCGGCUCCCACCGCCAGCAAGGCAGCCUCCUUGGGCUGCAACAACAAGCCUGCCUUCCCGGAGCUGGAUUUCAGGUCUGGAGCUCGGGUGGAGGAACUGAACAAACUCAUCCAGGAAUUCACCAGGCACGACCAGCGGGAAUACGACGACCAGAGAGCGCUGGAGAUUCACACUGCCAAGGAUUUCAUCUUUUCCAUGCUGGGAAUGGUGCAAAAGCUAGAUCAGAAACUUCCGGUGGCUAACGAGUACCUGUUGCUCUCCGGAGGAGUCCGAGAAGGUGUGGUGGACCUGGACCUGGAUGAGCUGAAUGUCUAUGCCCGGGGUACUGACUACGACAUGGACUUUACCCUCCUGGUGCCAGCCCUUAAGCUGCAUGACCGCAAUCAGCCUGUGACCCUUGAUAUGCGCCACUCAGCCCUGUGCCACUCGUGGCUGAGCCUCCGGCUCUUUGAUGAGGGGACGAUCAGUAAGUGGAAAGAUUGCUGCACAAUCGCCGAUCACAUCAACGGGGCCACCAACUACUUCUUCUCGCCCACCAAAGUGGCUGACUGGUUCUAUGACUCCAUCAGCAUUGUCCUCUCAGAGAUACAGAAGAAACCCCAGCGAGGGAUGCCAAAGGUGGAGAAGGUGGAAAAAAACGGGACCAUCAUCUCCAUCAUCCUGGGCGUGGGGAGCAGUCGCAUGUUGUACGACAUCGUCCCCGUGGUGUCCUUCAAAGGCUGGCCCGCGGUGGCCCAGAGCUGGCUUAUGGAGAACCACUUCUGGGAUGGGAAGAUUACUGAGGAAGAGGUCAUCAGUGGCUUUUACUUGGUGCCAGCUUGCUCCUACAAGGGUAAGAAGGACAAUGAGUGGCGUCUGUCCUUUGCCAGGAGCGAGGUGCAGCUGAAGAAGUGCAUCUCGGGAAGUCUCAUGCAAGCCUACCAGGCCUGCAAAGCCAUCAUCAUCAAACUCCUGUCAAGGCCCAAGGCUAUCAGCCCCUACCACCUGCGGAGCAUGAUGCUCUGGGCCUGUGACCGACUCCCAGCCAGCUACCUGGCUCAGGAAGACUAUGCAGCCCACUUUCUGCUGGGUCUCAUUGACGACCUGCAGCACUGUCUGGUCAACAAGAUGUGCCCUAAUUAUUUCAUCCCACAGUGCAACAUGCUGGAGCACCUGUCAGAGGAGACGGUCAUGCUCCACGCCCGGAAGCUGUCCUCCGUGCGCUCCGAUCCGGCCGAGCACCUGCGCACCGCCAUCGAGCACGUGAAGGCAGCCAACCGGCUGACCCUGAAGCUGCAGCGGCGGGGCAGCACCACCAGCAUCCCCUCCCCGCAGUCGGACGGAGGGGACCCCAAUCAGCCUGAUGACCGCCUGGCCAAAAAACUGCAGCAGCUCGUGACUGAGAAUCCGGGGAAGUCCAUCUCGGUCUUUAUUAACCCCGAUGACGUCACGAGGCCCCAUUUCAGAAUCGACGAUAAAUUUUUCUGAGUGACUUGACCUUUUUUUCUUCUUCCUCUUGGUUCUAAGACUUCCGUAACGUGUAGCGUGGUUUGUGAUAUUGUCAUUCUGUUUUUACAUAUCCAGCUUACAUUGGAUUUGUUAAGGACACGUUUUUAAGUUUCCUGGUUCUGCAGGAUGGUGCAGGCUCUGAAACAGUAUUAGUACUAUUUCAUAUUCUGCCUGAUUUUUGCUGUUUGUUUUCUAGUUAUUGUCACAUGGUUUUUGUUGUUGUUGUUUUUUAUGAUGUCAUUUUUAAGGAGAACUUGAGCCAUAUAGACGACACUGCCCAUGAAUCCUCGUUCUUGCUUUCUGCCUCACACUCGGUGUGGAUCUGUUGGCGGAUUUGAGGGAACGCAUUUCCUUCUUGCAUAUUCGAACCCUUUCUCCGCUUUUGUUCUCUUUUUGACCUUGUUCUUCGCCUGAGUUUUCACUGAGAUGGGUAUCUGCGAGUCCUAAGAACCUGGAGGCCCUGUGCAUGCUGGCUGAGUUUCUUUCUUUGAUCAGAAGAGUUUCCCGUUUCUACCGGAUCGGAAACUUUCGAGAGAGAACGAUGCACAUUGUGUUUCCGAGCAACCUCAUUGAAUGUAAUUGUCCUCGAAUCAGCAAACAUUGGAUGGUUUGGAGGGAGGAUUUGAUAGCUUUCCAAACAGAAUUAAGGUUUCCAAAUGUUAGUUUUAGUGUUUGUAAUUAUUUGAAGCCUUAUUUAAAUCCUAUUAAGGAGCACACCAUUCUAAUUGUUAUUUGCACUAAUGAAGUCUUCUCCAUUGUCAUAGCUGCAGUGUGUGUUUCAGUGUACAUUAACAUCCUUUCCGGAAACGUCGUCGCUUUUCAUUUCGUCCAGUUCUCUGGGUCGAUAGAAUGAGUCUCUGCGUUUGUCUAGUUCUCCUUUAAUUGUGGGUCCCAUUUUACCCUCCUUGGUAGAUCUGGUUCCUGCCUUACCGAGGGAAGUUUUUGAUGCUUUAUACCUGUUCACCGACUAGCUAGAGCUUGGGAAGAUAAUACUUGACAAAGUGGGUGUCUUUGUAUUUAUUUCUUUGGGGGUUCUAGAGAUUUUUCUCUUCCCCUCUCCUUUUUAAAAGUCUCUUUUAUUUCUCCUGAGACCUUGCUGGAAACUGACAGGCAGAAUUAUCCCCGAAUUGAAGAUACCAUGCCUGUUCAAAGCAGGUUUCCCUGUAGAGCAGGAACCAGGAAAUACCUAAAUGGCUGUGUUGGAAUAAAGGAGUCCUAUAUUCUGACUGAAAAGAUUUACCAGAUUUAGGUGCUGCGAGGCGUUGGCCUCUGUUUUUGUGUGACCCGAAGGCAGACGGUGCCUGAGUUAUUAGGCCUGCUGAUCGAGACAGCCCAUGAUGUCUGCUAAUGGAAAAGUCAAUCAAUACGGUGGCUUUUGGUCUUGAACGUCCAGACUCACAGGUUGGAUUUUGGCCAUUUGGAAUCAGACAUAUGUGGUCUUGGAGUUUUGCAUGGGAAUUAAUGUAAUAUGCUUAUAAAUCAACAAUCUCAAGUCAAACACAAAAAUAAAAAAGAAACUCCUGGCCUUGGAA